AUAUAAUAUUAACAAAAACUCUGCUCACCCAUGUCGUCAGUCAUAAAUUAUCCGUGCUAUUCAGACCUCAAUGUGUUUUGUCAAGUCUGGGUAGGGUUUCAUCCUGGCGUCUACCUACUUUAACAGGCCAUACACAAGGCUUAGCUUCAGUGAAGGUGGAAACAACACACAGGACAUGUCGACACUAGAAGAGGCCAAGAAGGAGAUUGUCAAAUAUGAUUAUGUUCGGUUUUCCCUGUGUGACUUGAAUGGUGAACACCGUGGUCAAGUUGUCGCUGGCCGUCAUGCUGCCAAGUACCUAGAAGAAGGGAUUGAUAUACCUCAAGAUAUUCUAAGAGCAGUCCCGAGGAAACCCUACCCUCGAAUUGACCAAGAGAAAAAAUGUCGCAAGGCUAUGAUAUAUCCUGAUCUUGACACACUCAGGCCAAUUCCUUGGGCAGAGGACGCGGUCAAAGUCGCUCAGAUAUUGUGCGAAUCCCGGUGGAAGAAAGACAACUCUCCCCAAGAAGCAUGCCCCCGAUAUGUCGCUAGAAAACAGCUGCAGAGAUUGGAGCAACAAGGAUAUGCUUUCUUUUCUGGAUAUGAAAUAGAAUUUAAUAUACUGGAAAAAGAAACCCUGACCCCAAUAUUUGAUUGUUGGAAUAUGUUCAGCCAAAGGAUAUUCAACAAACACAGCAAACUUCUAUUUCAUUUGACAAGAACUUUAAAGAAUCAAACAUUGAUGUGGAAAGAUACCAUACUGAAGCGGGACCUGGGAUGUUUGAAGCCAUUUUGAAACCAAAAUUUGGCAUAGAAUGCACGGAUAUGACCAUGAACAUAAAAGAAGGACUCAUGGAAAUGGCAGCAAAUCUGGAACACCAUGUAGUCACUUUCAUGGCAUAUCCUCUCUCUGAGAAAAACCCGAUAGGAACUAACAUUCAUCUAAAUGUUUCACUUUGGAACAAAAAUGGCGAGAGUUUGUUCUACGAUGCGUCAGCUCCAGAUAAACUGUCCGUCAUCGCCAAAUACUGGAUUGCUGGUAUGCUGAGGCACAGUAAAGCUCUAUGUGCCCUCUGCAGGCCCACUGUCAACUGUUACAGGGCCGUCUACAAGCCUUUUUGUCCCUCAACUAUAUUCUGGGGAAUAGAACAUGGAGAAGCAACCAUAAGAGUAAAGAAUGAAAGUCCCUCUAAGACAUACAUAGAGAACAGGCUUCCGAGUGGCAAGUCCAACCCGUAUCUUGUCGUGGCGUCCACAAUCGCCGCUGGUCUGGAUGGGGUCCUCAACAAACUAGAGUGCCCGCCCGCGGGAAGUGUCGACAACGCCGAGACUCUCCCCCACUCUCUGGAAGAAGCUCUGGAGGAGUUGGAAAAGGAUGAUGUACUCGUCAGCGCCCUUGGCAGUGAGCUCGUCACAUGGUUUGUCAAGUGCAAGAGAGUUGGAGAGAUCGACCUGUUCAAAGAUGCUGAAACAGAUGAGGAAAAGUUUGCAAUGGAGAAAGAAUGCCAUCUUCUGUGAAUUUGGGCUGAAAAAAGCAGCAGACUGAACCUCAAGUUAAAAUUCUUGUUUUAUCGACAUUACUUGUAUUUGCAGUCUGAAAGAAACUGCUUCUUUCGUAAUUUGACAUUUAAUUAUCGAGACCAAUUAAAAUGACAAGGUGAGUCCAUUGGUUACACCAGAAACCUAUGAUUGUGGGUUCGAAUCCAGGUUCGCACAUAUUAUGUUUUUAGGUUUGUCAGCACAAUACCCGUGCUCGUGGGUUUCACCGAAGUGGUAAACGUCUGAGACCUGCAUCACUUUGGGUUUUCCUCCCACAUUGAGCUGACACACCGUGAUAUAACUGGAAAACUGUUAAAAGCGGCGUUAAACCCAACUCACUCACUCAUCCACUCAAAAUUUGAGUGCAGGGCUGAUUUUAUCUUGUGCAUAUUAUACCUAAGAAGAAGUACCGUACUGAGCAAACAUUUAAUAAUUUGAGAAAGGAUUGAAAUAUGAUUCUGUUAUUUUGUUUCGUUCUGCAGUAAACACAGUGUUUCAUAUACGUAUUCAAAGAGUUUUAAGUAUUUUGUUUGGUAUUGUAAAAGAUUUAAUAUACGCACUCAAAUAAGUUUCGGUGUGUAAGGGCUCUUGACGUCAUUGACAAGACAACUUAAACCUUAUCUGUUUCCCUCAAAUUGAAACAGAGCUGGUUGGAGUUGUAAAACAAACGACUUUAAGAGUUGGAUUUGACUCUGCUUUGUUCAAUAUUUCAAUGAUUUCAGGGCGGAUCAGACUAAUGUAAGAUAUCCUCAGUCCUAAGUAAUGCAGGUCGCACAUGUCUACAAACAUGAUCAUAAUCGAGACCUGAAUUAUUCAAAUUCACAAUGAAAAAUUAACCACUUUAAUUUUCAUGUUUGUUUGUUUGUUGUUUAACGUCGCACGCAGCAAUAUUCCAGCUAUAUGACGGCGGUCUGUAAAUAAUCGAGCCUCGACCAGACAAUCCAGUGAUUGAUAUCAUGGAGCAUC